AUGGCUUCUUCAACUAAGGACUCGAAAGAUGAGAGUACAGGCCAGAAGAAUGGUCAGAGCAGCAGUCAGAUGAUAGAUCUCACAAAGAUCAAACAAGAGCUGAAAGGAUUUAAACCAGAUCCGACUUAUGUGAGAAAAAGGACUACUCGUCUUGGCAAGCUAUUUGAUAAGGUGAGUGACUUCAUCGGCACGCAGGAGAGUCCAAACACGAUUGAUGAGAUGUACGCAAAACUAGAUGUUGAAGAACGCACUGACGACAAGCUUAAAAGACGGAAGCUAGUCAUUCACCAACUUCUAGAAUUCUUGCUACAGAUCCAUAACCUUGUCCCACGUAGCAACCAGACAGAUAUGAUAGCAAUUCCCUUAUACGAUAUGAAGACUGUUAGCACAAUGGUGAACAUUAUUGUGAUAGAAGGUGUUUAUACUUGUCUACCACAAGGAAUUGGUUUUCCUCUAGUAAAGCGCAGACUAAAGAGUUUCAAAAUUCCAUUAAAAGUUGUCAAAAUACCCUAUCCCCGGGGUAAAUCCAUCCUAGAGGACAUUGUUAACACAUUCACAGAGAUCUAUAAAACAGAUAGCGAUCUGAAAAACCUAUUAGUUGUGGGCACAGGAUAUACGGAUGCGCUGACCUGUUGCAUAGUUUUAGCUAAGGAUGAGCCAAAAUAUGAAUCAACUUUCAAGUUUUUGGAGUCCAUCUCGUCAACCUAUCAAUUGUUUUCGCUUUAUGGUUCUCUUAUAUCCCAGCCCUUACAACAAUGGUUUAAGCUUUUCGUUAUGAAUCGCUUGGCAGACCUUGUCGUUGAGAGGGCGCACAAUGGAGUCCAAUCUUUGAUUGAGGUCAUAAUGGGCUUAAGAGAAAGCGAGACGGUUGAUGUUGCGAAGAUUGAUGAAGUGCUCAAAGUACUGCUUACUACAAAACCAUCAAGACUGACUAAAAUCGAGUAUCUACAGAAUAUCGGAAGUCAACUAUACAAUAUUUUGGUUCAUGUGAAUUGGCCAGUUAUGGUGUCUAUCGUGACUCAGCUUCUUGAACAGCUCUACGUCAAGAAUCCUCUCAUUGUACGUGAUUUUGUUUUCAAACGGAUAUGGAACAUUUUCAAUCCAGAUACAAGGGAGCUUUCAAAUGACGACGAGAAUAUCAUGCUCACUAGCGAGGUAGAGCUCAACAAUGCUUUCAAUGUAGUACUAUCCAUCACAAGAACAUCCGGAAACGAGGAAUUUGUGAGAACAAUGUUCGAGCCAAUUACUGUGCCCUUCUGGUCAUACCUGCUUUACCAACGCAAGAUGUCCAAAGAUUACGGUCUAACUGAGAAAGUUUUCAUUUCUGUCUUGGCAAGGCCAGACGGGAACUACACAAUUCUGAACACUCUUCUGAAUAAUCUGAUGGCAGUUGAUGGGAGAUCGUGGGAGUUUGCUUCUGGAGAAAAUGGUUUAACAUAUAUCAAAGAGAAAUUCGCAACUAAAACUAAUGUUGAUAUACUCGACAGUGUGGAUUUCGUAGCAACAAGUUUUGGGGAGCUGGUGAAAAAAUUGAGUGCCAUCGAUGAAGAGCAAGUGCAAUAUGUGUUUCUAAAAUGUCUAAAAGCUUGGUUGAACGCCGACGAAAGGCUUUUAACCAAAGAUGAUGAGAAUCCCUUCGUCGGGCUGAUCAAUCUCAAGGUGAUUGAGUAUUUGAGCGACAAUCUCAAAGACAGCUUGACCAAAUCGGUUGAUAACACUCUGGAACUAUUGUACUCUGUGAUAAAAGACGAAAUGAAAGUUCACACAGAAACUCUAAAUGUCAUCAAUGAGAAGGAGGAUUCAGAUGACGAAGAAAACGACAACAACGCCAACCUCAAAAUUGUUUUUGAAAUAUUAUCGACAAUUAUAACCGACGGUAGACUCUCGUCCAAAUCUCUCAAAACAGUGUCCAACAUACAAUCAGCGCUACAAUCUGUGGACCCAGAUUUAUCUCAACAUUUGAGCACCAUUGUAUCUGGAAAAGAUAUAAAGGAGGCGGAAAACUUUACGAAAGAAGAACAAGAUAUAGCAAUCAAGCAGAAGGCAUUGAAGAAUCUUGCAGACAACUCGCCUCCUAUCAGGGUUCAUGGGCUCCAGCUACUGAGAAAACUGGUCGAGUCGCAGUCAGCGACGACAUCUUUGGAAUUUACCAUCAAUCAACAUAUGUUGCAACUUAAAGAUCCCGAACCAUUUGUUUAUUUGAACGCCAUUCGAGGACUAGAGGAGCUAUUAAAGUUUGACCAAGAUCUGAUCAAUAACUAUCUCAAUAUUUACUCAAACCCCAAGAUAAAUAUAGAUGAAAGACUCAAACUAGGCGAGGUGAUCCUCCGAUACAUCAACUUCUCUGGGAACGCUUUGAAGAAUGCAGGUCGGAUAAUUGGAACUACCUUGGCCAUCGUCAGGAAGGAUUCCAACCAUGAAGUUGCGAUGAAAACGUCUGCAAUGUCAUUACUUGGAUCAUUGUGCAGAAAUAAUCCCCUUGCUACUCUAAAUUAUAUGGACGACAUCAUGGAUUGCGUAUUUGGAAUCUUACAAUUAGAGACAAACACAGAUUAUGCCGUUUUAAGAAGAUCUGCAGUCGUCCUCGUUGAUGAUAUCCUCUCGGCUAACGAGGGACUACAACUUUUGGGAAAGUACGGAAAAAAACUCGAUACCACACUUAAGUAUAUGGUGGAAACGGACAGCGACUACCUAGCCAGAGAACAAGCGUUGUCUGUGCUCUCACUCAUUGACGACAAAUUUGCACAAACUUUCCGUGAAACCGUCAAUAUCCAUUAA